AUGGCGAAUAUUGCGGAGUCUGCCGUACUUGUGUCCUCCGCCUCCUCGGCGGAGGCGGUCGCCAAGCUGACGCAAGUUCAAGGCCCCACGUCGGGCUUCGACAAGGCUGAACACAUCAUCGAUUCGUACUCGACGAUGGGAUUCCAGGCGACAAACUACGGCCUCGCCCGCUCCAUUGCCCAACGCAUGAUCCAAAGACAGCCCCCUUCGAAGGUGUAUCAGAUAAAGGACGGCGAGUACGUGUUGGUGCCGCCCGAUGUCGGCGAGGACGGGAGGACGUUGCCGCAAGAGCAUGUCUACCCGAGCCUGUUCAUGGGUGUAACUGCCAACCUCAUGGGCACUGGCUGCCGUGAGGCGGUUCGGUUUCUUGUGCAGGAGGGUGUUGUCCAUCGCUCGCCCGAAGCGUCUGCUGACGCGGCAGCAGACGGGACAGAGGACCAGCUAAUGUUUGCACGACUCAAGAAGGAGUACGUCGAGACGUACGGUGGCCCUCCACACCCGGACGAGGAGGUGCCUCGCGCUCACAGCUUCCUGUGCGCCAUCGUCGUGAGCGGCGGUGGUGUGGAGCACGACCUGCGCCGCGCCUGCACCGCUUACACACUGCACCACUACGCCAGCGAAGCACAAGGUCAUGUGAGCAGCAGCGCCUCCUCCGACGCCGCAGCGCCGUUUGAAGGCCUAAAACAGAGUGCGGAAAAGCCUCUCGGCACUCGCGCGGCGGCCGGCACAGCGAAGGCGGCGCGCUUCGGCAACGUCGAGUACCCACGGCAGGGCAGCCCCGGCUCUGCGCUAUUCGACCGCCUCAUGCGUAUAUUUGUUCAGCGCCUCUGUGCCCGCCAGGCACAGCUGCGCGCGGCUGCGAUGGCGAAGCCGAUUCCUGACAAGUACGACGAUGUGUGUAGCUGGUCCGUCACUCCCAGCGAGGUGUGGACGCUGUGCGGGUUGUGGCUGGUCGACAUGCUCGCGGAGGCGCUGGGGGCUGUGCCGAGUUGCACGUCUCACUUGACCAGCGAUUCUGCGGUUGGCACUGCAGCAUCCGUCGCCGCGAAUGGGAAGGGGCAGGAAGCAUAUCGAGAUGCCCGCAUUCCUAGAACGGCAUCCUAUCGUGCGGAAGCGCUCGCCAGGGCACGCACAACUGUCGUCUACUGGGCCGCCCUGCAGCAAGUCUCUCUGUUCAGCCCCUCCUUCGUCGACGGCGACAUCACGAGCUACCUGUUGCCCACGCCUGCCCCGGCUGCCCGUCCUGCGCACCGAAAACGCGGUUCAGUUGCGGACGAGAACGCCGGCAAUUCGAAGGAGUUGAAGAGAAGUCAAAAAGCCCCCUCUUCUUCGGCCACGGCGGCCACCGCGGUGGUGGACAAGCCUCCGGUGGUGGAGCGCCUGCAGGUCGAUCUCGUCCGUGACGUGUACUCGAUCAACAAGCUCGCCAUGCUCAGCAAGAAGACCGGCAUGCUCAUCUGCGGUGGUGGUGUCGUGAAGCAUCACGUAUGUAACGCCAACCUCAUGCGCAAUGGCGCCGACUUCACCAUCAUCCUGAACAACGGGCAGGAGUUCGACGGCUCUGACGCAGGUGCUAAACCCGAGGAGGCCCUUUCGUGGGGGAAGGUACGGAUGGAAGGGGAGUUCGUGAAGGUGUAUGGAGAGGUCAGCACGUACCUCCCGCUGCUGUUGGCGGAGGUCUUCGUACCCGCGGUGCGGCAGCGUAGGGCAACGGACGACGCGCAGCCGCGCAAGAAGCGAUACUCGCGAGGCCCGUAUCCGUCGCAAGACGUCUCCGGGCACUCCCGCCCGUGUGCUGGAGAAUGA